AUGAAGUGUUUCUAUAUUUUUAAGGAUAAAUCGAAGAACAAGAAAGGAAAAGCAAAUUCGGCCCCAGAAUUGAGAGACCAAAGCAACUCAGAUGGUUCAGCUUUGAGUCGUACAGCAAGAUCCUUACCAUCUCCAAGAAGCAUACCUGAAUUGUACAAAGAGAAGGAGCAGAAUUUGCGAGUUUUCAGUUUUCAAGAGCUUAGAGAGGCAACAAAUGGUUUUAACAGAUUGCUUAAGAUCGGAGAAGGUGGCUUUGGGAGUGUGUAUAAGGGAACAAUCAGACCUGCUAGUGGUCAAGGUGAUCCUAUAGUGGUUGCUAUUAAAAAGCUCAACAAGCAUGGCUUGCAGUGGGUGGAGCUCUUUGGUGGUGGUGCUUUUGAUAGUGAAGAACUGAAAAUAUAUGGCUGCGUAGGUCUACCCACUCUGCCAUGGAGGAAAAGAUUAGAGAUAAUCCUUGGUGCUGCUGAAGGAUUGGCUUACCUGCAUGGAGGAAUGGAAGUCCAGGUUAUUUAUCGAGAUUUUAAAUCCUCGAAUGUUCUUUUGGAUGAGGACUUUGAGCCGAAGCUCUCAGAUUUUGGGCUUGCUAGAGAAGGGCCUACGGGUGACAGAACUCAUGUAUCCACUGCGGUGGUUGGUACAUAUGGGUAUGCUGCUCCUGAAUAUGUUGAAACAGGCCAUCUCACCAGUCACAGUGAUGUAUGGAGCUUUGGCGUGGUUCUCUAUGAAAUCCUCACUGGCAGGCGAACGCUGGAAAGAAAUCAUCCUGUCAUGGAGCAGAAGCUUCUAGACUGGGUGAAACAGUUCCCUGCUGACAGUAAAAGAUUUAGCAUGAUAAUUGAUCCACGACUCAGAAAUGAGUACUCUAUCAAUGCAGCAAAGCAAGUUGGUAAGUUGGCAGAUAGCUGCCUCAACAAGAACGCAAAAGAGCGGCCGACGAUGAGUCAAGUGGUGGAGAGGUUGAAGCAAAUAAUACAAGAUUUAGAAGGGGGAAGCACCUCCACAAAUAGGAAGGGAGGAUCGUCUCAAUCUAGCUUGUCUAGGCGGAAACAGAUCAAGGUUCGAGUAAAUUAUAAAUCAGCCCAAGAAGCAUUACGAAAUGCUCUGAUUAAUUUAGCCAAUUUACAAGCAUUUGAUGGGUUUAAAUAUUCAAGAGCUGAAGCCACACGUCUCUCUGGUAAAUCACCAAGACUUGGCUUUAUUCUUGAUGGUAGUGGGUGA